UUUUUUUCCAAGUUACGGUCAAGCCAUUGUCAUUCUUGUGUCUGUGGGAGAGCGAGAGAGAUUCUGGCAGAUGAGUGUCUCAGUGUUCUUUACCCGUGCCAAGGAGAAGGACAAACAAUGGUCAGAGAAAGAAGGGAGGACAGAGGAGAGGGAACAGAGGGAGUCAAUCAGUGGAGAAGAGGCCAAACUCUUCUACCAGAGCCUUAUAGGAGAGGGGGAUGGGGCAGGACGAGGGAAAAAAGGGAGAGGAGACAAGCGAAGGAGUGAAAGGGGGGCUCAUAGAAGAAGACAGGUACAAGUUCAGCCACGACCGAGCCCCUGCUCUGAACGGGACGGGAACAAACUGCUCCGCUCAGCCCAGGAGGGUGAUAUGGCCAUGCUGAAAGGGCUUCUGGGUAAAGGAUGUGACAUCAAUUUCAGGGACAGUUUUUAUUGGACAGCGUUGAUGUGUGCUAGCUUCGCUGGGCAUUUGGAGGUGGUACGGGUGCUGCUCCAGCAGGGGGCAGCGUGGAUCGGGGUUGUGGACACUCAGGGAAGAGACGCGAGGGAUUUGGCCGAGCAGGCAGGGCAUGAGAGCAUAGUGAGAGAGCUGGAGUUACAUGGAGCACAGCCAGAGAACACAACACAAACCAGCAAUGCAGACAGUGCUAUCAGUUCCCUCUGGUGUCCCGACUGUGAAUGUGAGUACAGAGAAAGCCUGGAGAGGCAUCAAAGUUCUAUUCUACAUCAGUUCAAUUUGAGACAGACCAGACCCUCUCCUACCCCCCAUUACUGCCUGCCCCCCUCCAACGCUGGGUACCAGAUCAUGCUCCGCUCCGGUUGGAACCCGUCUGCAGGGCUUGGCCCAGGAGGGUCCGGUCGUAAACAGCCAAUCCGUACCGUGCUGAAAAGGGACCAGACAGGGCUUGGCUAUGGUCCCGCCCCUCAAGCAAAAGUCACACACUUCCAACCGAAGGAUCCUAUGGCAGUGAGACGGUUGUCUAAAGAGAGAACAGAACGCAAGACGACAGUCAGUCAACGGGAACUCCGGAAGAAAGAGGAAAGGGACAGGACCAGGGAGAGAGACUUUAGACAGUCUUUUAAUCUUGACCUUUGACCUUUGCUCAUCAGACUUGAGCUGUGUAAUAUAUCUGGAUGAAACAAAGUGUUGCUGUUUUUUUUCCCACUA